CCUUUAAGAUAUUUCUUGACCGUCUGCGACCAUGGCACGAGAAAAAAUUCCACCUAAUGACCAGGGCAGAGUUACAAUAUCGCAGUUCGCGUCUCAUAUCUACCCAGUUUGAAGUGAAAACAGAUUUAUUACUCGACGAUAUUGGCGUCUCUUAUAAGGGAAUAAUCUCCGGUGUUGAUAAUUCAGGCACUUUUACGCGGGACAUGGCAAACGAGUUGGGAUGUCGAAAUGACGCACCUUGAGUUAUUUUAACAGAUUGGGAAGUUUCAUUUGUUAUUUAUUUCCUUCUGGACUACUUCUUGGCAAUCGUCUUGCAUGCACAGUCAACCAAAUCAAUAACAAGUGACUUCGCUGAGCAGAAAGCUAAUAUCAGUGUAUAUUUACGCGUGGGGGAAUGCCACAAGUCUUUUAAGUGCCUUGUUUAAACAUCUCCAGGGGCUUUUUGUUUUUUUUUUAAACUACUCGGAAUAUUUGCGCCAUCGGUUAAGAGAGAAGUUGUAUCCGUAGAGAGGAAACUGAUUUUCAUACCAGCAAUAGUUUGUUCUUCUUUUCUGUAAAAUAGCUGCGCCAGACUUGCUCUCCGUCGAUGACUCUCGACAACGUGAAACAUUCCGCGAUACUCACGACUUUAUUUAAAAUGGCAGACGAGUAUGAUUUGAUAGGCGCCUCUGAAUGCAUAAAAGAUCGACUCUAUUUUGCCACCCUACGAAGCAAGCCGAAAAGCACCGCGAACACUCAUUACUUCAGCACGGAUGAGGAGUUUGUUUACGAAAACUUUUAUGCAGAUUUUGGGCCCCUCAACCUUGCUAUGCUGUACAGAUACUGCUGUAAGCUCAACAAAAAGCUUAAGUCUUUUACACUGACCAGAAAGAGGAUUGUGCACUACACCAGCUUUGACCAGCGCAAAAGGGCUAACGCCGCUGUGCUCAUCGGUGCCUAUGCUGUAAUUUACCUAAAGAAAACACCAGAGGAAGCCUACAGAGCCCUUAUCUCUGGCUCUAAUGCCUCCUAUCUCCCCUUCAGGGAUGCUUCAUUUGGGAAUUGCACAUACAACCUGACGGUUCUCGACUGUUUGCAAGGCAUUAGGAAGGCCUUUCAGCACAGAUUCUUGAACUUCGAGACGUUUGACGUUAAUGAGUACGAGCAUUAUGAGCGUGUAGAGAACGGAGAUCUAAACUGGAUCAUCCCUGGCAAACUCCUCGCGUUCAGCGGGCCUCAUCUGAAAAGUAAAAUAGAGAAUGGUUACCCUCUACAUGCACCUGAAGCCUAUUUCCCAUAUUUCCGCAAGCACAAUGUCACCACCAUAGUGCGCCUCAACAAAAAGAUCUACGAUGCCAAGCGUUUCACGGAUGCUGGAUUCGACCAUUACGACCUGUUCUUCGUGGACGGCAGCACACCAAGUGAUGUUAUCACCCGGCGCUUCUUGCAUAUCUGCGAGAGCACAGAUGGGGCAGUGGCCGUACACUGCAAAGCGGGUUUAGGCCGGACAGGCACCCUGAUUGGCUGCUACAUUAUGAAGCACUACCGUUUCACGGCUGCCGAAGCCAUCGCCUGGAUCCGCAUCUGUAGACCCGGCUCCAUCAUCGGACCCCAGCAGCAUUACUUGGAAGAGAAGCAGGCGAGUCUCUGGGCUCAUGGAGAUGUGCACCGCGCUAAGCAGAGGCAGUACGAGGACCGUUGUGUGCCUCACCUCAUCUCCAGUAUGGACAAUCUCUCCAUCAACACCACCUUCUUGAAAUCCCAAAGCAUGGAUCACAUGGGGGAGAAUGAUUAUGCUGAGAAUGACCUUGGUAUGACUCAAGGAGACAAACUGCGUGCCUUAAAGGGUCGACGGCAGCCCAGGUCUGCGACCACUGGAGCCAUAAGGAUAAAUCCGGCAGCCGCUGACCAGGGCUCCGCCUCUCCCCUAAAAUCCUCCAAAGUCCCGACCUCCUCUGUCUCUGCAUCUGCCAAGCGAAUUGGCCGCUCUUCUUCUUCAACCAACCUUAAGAGCACCAGGUUAGCAAGCUCUCUGGGUAACUUGUAUGAACCCGAUGAAGAAGACAAGAGCUCUAGAAAACGGUCCUCCCCCUCCUCGUUCACUUCCUCAACUCCUUCCCACCCCAUCCGUAUGGGCUACAGCAGCCCCCACAAUUACCACUACGAAGUCAACAACAACAAUCAAUACAACACCUCCAGUGCCCCGAGCACCAAUGGGGUGAGCCCAAGCAGCGGCACAAAAAGCCUCACCUAUAACCUCAACCACACUAGCCUGGGGGGAUCUUCCGCCAUUGGAAGGCUGGGGGCCGAGGAGCAGGGACACCACAGAAGCCCCCCGGCAGGGUUGAGCGGGGUCUCGGCACGCUACCUUAGCCGCUCCAUUCCUUCCCUUCAGUCGGAGUACGUUCAGUAUUGAUGCGGAAAAUUUCUGUUAAUCCCGUUCCAUAGUGCUGCCCUGGUUCCGACCCACAACGCCAUCACUGUGACUGCUGAUUCUCCAACUUUGUCACAGGCACUCAGUGAAACAAAUUCGAGAGUGUUAAGACUGAAAGGCUCCCAUAUGUUACAUCCUGCAAUGACAGGGUUGAACUGAUCUGGAAUCUGCUGUAUGCUGUAAUUAACCGAAGACAAUGAACUUGCCAUGGCCCUCUUUUUUUUUUUUUUUUUUUUUUUUAAAGAUAUUUUCCAUGUAUGAAUAUACGUAGCUAUACUGGAAAAAAAAAUAUUUUUAGAUAAUUUUGUAAAAUUUUUGUCCUUACUAUUUUAUCUACAAUUACACAAUUGUAAUCUUAUGCUUGAUGACAAGCACGUUUUGUUAAUGUAUUUGUGUAUCUUUGGACUAUUGAGUUUGUUCUGAAGCCUGUAUCAUGUUUGAGUGUACUUACCGAAUAACACAUCAAGUGCGAGGGCUAUGUUUGAAAGGUGCAAAAUGGGUUGACUGCUAGUGUUGUCUUCAGUGGGAUUUUCGGGCUGUUUUUAGGCACAUGAAACUGAUUAGUGCAUGUUUUCUUUGGUUGGGUUUGGUGGGUCCAAGGUUGGCUUGUAUCCACACAACAACGGAUGGCUAAUGAGACCCCAACCAUUUGCAAGCACAAAUUAUUUUUCGCUGUACAUGAAGGGUUCUGUUUGUUUAGUAAGAGUAACAGGUUGGACUCCUGUUCUUUUCCCGGGCCUUUGACAUUAUAAUGUGCAUGAUAAUCAAACUAAUUCAGCUCACUCGCUCUUCAAGGGCUGCUGAAAACACACAAGCAGACACUCCAUCUUUCACGUUUGUCAGUUUCACCAGCACUCCAAAGCACCAAUAAAACACCUUAGAAUGUAUGCUUAAGUUGCACACUUUUGGCUGCUGGUCUUAACAUGCCUAAGCCACGUCCACACUAAUUUGUUUUCAUUUGAACACUUUCCUAAUGUCAUCGUUUUCCAAAGCAUUCGGCAAUGGAGAGCAUUUUCAAAACCCUCUAUUUUUGGUAGAGAAAAAUGCUGUUCUAGUUUGGAUUAGAGGCAUAAAUGUAAUGUGUUUUCAAACUAAAAAGUAUUAGUGUGGACAAGGCGCUAGGCUGUAUGGUGGUGAUUAUGGAUGCUUAUACAUUCAACGGUACAUGGUAGUAUAAAAAUACGCAACAUGGCUUGUUCACGGAUCUAGGCUUUCAAUUACAAUGGAAGCUGAUGUAAAGGCAACAAUAUACGUAAAACCCAUUAUGUUCUUAAUGCACAUAAUGAAUGGAUAAACUACUCAGAAAAUGUAAAUGUAAACGAGUGUGUCUACUGAAAUUUGGAUACUUGUCCAGAAUUGACUGUAAAAUCAUCGGAUAUGAGGAUGUUUACAAUCAGGUGAAGAUUAUUUAUCGUACAGUGUUCGGUUUACCUGCAGGGUUUAAGCUAAGACUGUUGGAAUAUUCAUGCAAAAAGAAUAGUUAGACCAAAAAAAAAAAUACAAAAUUCUGUCAUUUAAUCGCCCUUGAGUCGAACGACUCCAUAUAUUUCAAGUCUCUUGAAUAUGUCUGUUAGCUUUGCGCGAGGAACAGACCGGCGAUAGUUCUCCAAACUCUUUCGCCCUUUUCCAACAUUCAAACUUGCCGCAGCUUGAUUUGUUACGAGACAUGAGAACCAAUGGCUUUUGAUGGCAUUGAUGUCAAACCUGUCAAGAUGUGACAAUUUUGAAAAUGUGAAUGCGUGAGAUAUGAAAGCUGCGAGGUUUUUGGUAAAUCACGAUUUAAAUUUCAGCGUGUUCCUCAUACAAAGCUAUUUAUUGGAUGGCUUCAGAAGACUUUUAGUGCACAAGUCAUAUGAAUGGAUUUCGUCCCCAUCCACUUUCAGUGCAUGGAAAAGAGCGGCGUGAACAUCUAUUUUGUUCCAAGAAUGAAAAGGGUCAUACAGGUUGACACGAGGGUGUGUAAAUGACAGAAUUUUCAUCUUUGGGUGAAUCAAACCCUUUAAGUUUAUCUUUGAACAAAUACUUCAGCACACUUUCAGUGUGUUUGCAAUUACGACUUGAUGGAUGAAUUCUUGAGUCAUGUUAAUUGCUCUGAAUGACUGUUCUGUAUCCUCUUUCGCCCUGUAGCACUCUGUACAUUCCAGAUGUAAUGAUCUAUGUAUAUAAACAUUUUGGGAGGAUCUUAUUUGAUUGAAGUAUUCUACCUCUUUGAUAUAUAUGGUUGUAUCUGCUGUAAACUACUCCUUGCUUAUUAAAUUUAUAUAUUUUUGAAGCUGUAUGCAAAGAAAAUCUAACAAUGUUAUUGUAGAUUGUUUUGUUUUUCACAAACAUAGUGACAUAUAAAGUAAAAUACAAAGUAGUGGAUUGUACAUUAUUCUUUUACAAUGUAAACAGGAUUUCGUAAACCAGAACAAAAUAAAAGACUAAUUUUGAACAGA